AUGACGGAAAAAACAUCCAAUCUGCCACUAAUCUUUGGAGUGACCAGCGGUGUGGCGCUCUUCGGCCUUACGCUUUUCACCGUGAUUGCCAUCUACAGACACCGACUACCACGAUGUCUACGCUUCGUGUUAGUGGGGUUGUGCGUGGUGGGCACGACAGGACUAUCAGCCUUCCUGCUAUCCCAUUACGGACUGUUCACACGUGCUCCCACCCUCGCCCUAGGUGAUCAGCUCCUUCUUGCUCCUUACACCGACGCCGAUCUUGACUCCCGUCUCCUCCAGCUCUUCUGCCACAGCCUCCGCAUCAGCUCCGAUAGGCCGGGUCUUACCGUCUGGACGGCUGCUGUAUCUCCCAAUCGCGUUUCUGGCCGUGUCUAUACCCUCCUACUACCACUGGCUAGCUCGCUCUCUCGCUCUUUCGCCUGCUGUUUCUGUAAGCGAAAGAAAGGGGGACUACUAUUUGAAUUCACCCGCUUGCAAAAAAAAGUUGGGAGUGCGUGCGUUCGUGCGUGUGUGCUACCGGAGGCGGGCCACUUUCAUCAAAGCCCAGACAAGGACGCACGCGGCAGCCGAAAAAAGCUCAACUCAAACGCAGCGAGAGAGAAACAGCAGCAGCAGCAGCAGCAGCAGCAGCGGCAGCAGCAGCAGCAAGGCACUCCCACCCGUCUUCGGAACAAACACAGAGACGCACACCGCCUCACGGUGAAGUCAGCACCCAAGGGAACGCAGAUGGCGAUCUAUGCACAUGAUCGGAACUGGCGCGAGUGGGAGACGGCGGGCCUGCAGCAGGAGGCGCACGAGACCUGUUGCGCGUGGUGGCAGCUGCGUCCCCUGCAGCCCACAAUCAGCGUGAAGAUAGAAACCUCGGGUCUGCAUCACCUCGUACUACGUGGAUCUCCCGCAGAAGUGGGAAGUGUUGUGAAGGUCACUUUCAACCGAUCUAUCUUCGAGGCCGCGGUUUGUGAUCCCGUGGUAUGCGAUGCAAUGUACGUUAACUCCUGCCGCGUGGACACGUUCGAAAGACCUAACAUUCUCGAGGUACGCGUCGCCGAAGGCUCGGAGAACGAAUUUGACCUCCUGCAGGUAUAUAUUGCUUGUGAGCACAAGGGCUGGGCAAUCACUCUAUUUUCUAGCAUCAUUCCGUUCGGCAUUCUGAUAAUUGUAUGUUUGAUCACCUGGUGCAGAGAGCAUCGUCGUUUCAAGAGGUCCAGAAUGAGUGCGGCUAGCCCGAUCUACGCUUAUCCUAGGGAUCAGAGUGACAGAACUGCCUGUGUCAAACACGACGUUGAUUUUGUAUAA